UUGUGCAAGCUAGUCUAGUCAUUAUCUUGUGACCGACUUCACUGCAGCCUUCUGUAUUCCUCUUCAAAUUAACCAUCAUCAGAAUGAAUAGGAAAGUUAUCAUUAUUGGAACGGUAGUCGUGGUCGUUCUUGUAAUCGCCAUUGCCGUACCCAUAGCAGUGUUGACAGGAAAGAAGAGUACUAGAGAUGAAUCAAGCCUUACACAGCGUGCUGCACAAGUGUUGGAAGAGACUCCACUUGUUGACGGGCAUAACGAUAUUCCAUGGCAACUGAGGAAGUAUUUCAUGAAUCAAAUGGAAAAUGUGACUUUAGACAAGAACAACCCAGAAUGGCACACUGAUAUCCCAAGGUUAAGAAAGGGCAAAGUUGGAGCGCAGUUUUGGUCAGCGUACGUUUCCUGUGCCAAUCAGUACAAGAACUCGGUACGCUUGUUCCUCGAGCAGAUUGACGUCAUCCACCGCAUGGUUGAUAAGUACCCGGGUACUUUUACUUUGGCCACCACUGCGCAGGACAUAAAAGAUGCGCACAAAGCCGGAAAGAUCGCCUCUUUGAUUGGAGUAGAAGGGGGUCAUGCAAUGGAUAGUAGUUUGGAUGCCCUUCGGAUGCUGUAUGAAUUGGGGGGUCGGUACAUGACGUUGACUCACAGCUGUCACACUCCUUGGGCCGACUCAUGUACCCCAGAGAAACCGGAACAUAAUGGUUUGACUCAAUUCGGAAAAGACGUGAUUAGAGAGAUGAAUCGGCUUGGGAUGUUUGUCGACAUAUCACAUGUUUCCGCCAAAGUCAUGCAUGAUGUUCUUAAUAUCACAGAAGCCCCAGUUAUUUUCAGUCACUCCUCCGCCUAUGCACUUUGCAAAAACCCGAGGAACGUUCCUGAUGAUGUCCUAGAAAAACUUCCCAGGAAUGGUGGAGUAGUUAUGGUGAACUUUUACAACGAUUAUGUCACUUGCAGAAAAGAUGCGACUCUCAGUGAUGUUGCAGAUCAUAUCGAUCACAUCAAGGAAGUCGCAGGAAUUGAUCAUGUUGGUCUCGGUGGUGAUUAUGAUGGCGUACCAAGAGUUCCGACAGGAUUGGAGGAUGUUUCAACUUAUCCUAAACUAGUAGAAGAACUCCUCCGGCGAGGAUACAGCAACGCAGAGGCCAGUAAAAUUGUGGGAGGAAACUUGAUCACUGCCAUGGAAAAAAUGGAAAAGGUCGCUGAGGGCAAAAAGGAGGUUCCUCCGUAUGAUAACUACAUUAGUGUCGACGAAUCUUGUCGACCAGCUCUUGAUGGACUGUGAACUUGAUGAAGAAAGGCUCAACCAAAUACCUCAAAGGCACCCAUAAAAUUUUACUUUUGACAACUUGCUUUUUUGGCUUCUCCGUUGAGAUCUUUGUAGUCCUAUGGUUUUUGUUCAGAUCGUUCUGAAAUUUUUGCUUCAUAAGUUUUUUACAGCUUAUAUAACUUUUCCUAGUUUUGAGGCUUCAUGGUAAAGCUCAAUCUACCAUAAGUGAUCGAAAACCUUGCGAUGAAUAAAUAAUUAUA